UACCAAACAUCUCUCACUCUCUCUCUCUCUCUCUCUCAAAGUUUUAGUUUCUUUAUUCGUAGAUCACAGUCAUCACUCUGCUUUCUCAAUCAAUGGUGGUAUUUGAUUUUUCAAUGUUGAGGUUUUGGAAGAGGCCAACCAAAUCUAAUGAUAAAGGAGGCCCUGGAGAUCUCGAGGUUGGUCGCGGCGCCUGCUACUCAUCUUCUGCCUCACACCUUCCGGAAGGUUUUGGUGGUGGUGGAUCUGCACCUGAAGCUGAAGAUGUGAAAUCUGCACCUCUGGAUUUGGAAGCCGGUCUUGCUACUAGUACCGAUCAUCGUCCCAGCUCCUCGAGGAGGGGUAAGUUGAAGAGAGCAUCCGAUGCGGUUUAUCGAGUGAUAAGCGAGACGUUGAGGAGGAACAGAACACGAACACGAACACGAACACCUGACCAAUCACAUGUACAUGAUCACGACCAACGAGGAGAAGGCUCAGCAAACGAACCAUCAACUUCUGGUGGGUUUGGGAUUGGAUUGGAAGAACUCAUUCAACUAGUCAAAGAUGGUAGCCUUGAAGCUUUGAAUCGAUAUAAUGGGGUUCAUGGGUUAUCAAACCUACUGAAGACUGACUUGAAACUGGGCAUAGAUCGGAACGAUGAGGAGAUACAGCAUCGCAGGCACACAUUUGGGUCGAACACAUACCCUUGCAGAAAGGGGAAGAGUUUCUGGUGCUUCCUUUGGAGAGCUAGCAAGUUUUAUCAUUUGCUGGUUAUUGUGCUUGCUGGAGUUAUUCUUUCACUGCUCCGAAUCAACACAAAGGGUAUCUUCGAUGGAUGGUAUGUGGAAGCUUGCAUCGUUUUGGCCAUUGUUCUUUACGUCAUUGUGAGAGCUAGAAUCGAGUACAAACAGUCUUGUCAAUUUGAAAAGUUGAGCAAGGAGAAGAGAAACGUACACCUAGAGGUUAUUAGAGGUGGUAGAAGAGUCAGGGUUUCUAUCUAUGAUAUUGUUGUGGGCGACAUUGUACCCCUCAGGAAUGGUGUUCAAGUACCUGCAGAUGGUGUCCUGUUUGUUGCAAACUCUUUGAAAGUUGACGAGGAAGAAAUAACUCGCUCAGUCGGAAAUCAGGUCCAAAAAGAUGUACAAAGAAAUCCGUUCUUGUUAUCUGGCUCAAAAGUGAUGAAAGGCACAGGUACAAUGCUGGUUACAAGUGUUGGAAUGAACACUGAAUGGGGGUUGAAGAUGGAGAUUUCCCAAGAGACUGAGGAAGAAAAGCCUUUCCAGGGAUACCUGAAAUGGCUCGCGAUUUCUGCCAGCUGGUUGGUCGUUUUGUUCGCUUCAGUUGCCUGUAGUGUUCGAUUAGGCCGAUACUUUAGUGGUUGGGCCAAAAAUUCAGAUGGAACUCCAAUGUUUAAUUACGGAAUUACCACUGGUGAUGAAGCUAUAGAAUAUGUGAUCACAUCCCUGAGUUUUGGGAUUGCUAUAAUAGUAGUGGCAGUGCCUUUUGGACUUUCGAUAGCCGUUCGCUUGAACCUUGCAAAGACAACGAAGAGAAUGAUGACCGAAAAACUUUUGGUGCAGAAACUCUCUGCAUUUGAAAGAAUGGGAUCUGUUACAACUAUAUUGUGUCAUCAAACUGGGAUUUUAACUUUGAAUCAGAUGUCUGUGGUUGAUGUCUGGGCUGGAGGAAGGAGAGUGCAAGAUAUGGCUAAUGUUUCACAGUUGCCCACGUCUCUUAAAGGACUAAUCAUAGAAGGCAUUGCCCAAAACACAAAUGGCAGUGUUGUUUCUGAAACGGGAGUCACUGAACCAGAGGUCUAUGGAUCACCAACAGAACAGGCCAUUCUUCGCUUGGGGAAUAAGUUGGGAAUGCAGUUUGAUGAUGUUAGGUCAGCAUCAUUAGUCCAUCAUACUAUACCAUUCAACCCAAAAAAGAAAUAUGGAGGCGUGGCACUACAGAUUGGUACACGAGGCCACGUUCAUUGGAAAGGAUCUGCAAAAGUUAUUUUGAGUAAAUGCGAAGAUUAUAUGGAUAGGGCCAACAACCGCAGAGCAAUUGAUGAACAGCAACGAAAGUUUUUUGAAGGAACAAUUGAAAACAUGUGCAAGGAAGGACUACGUUGUGCUGCACUUGCCUAUCAACCCUGUGGAUUGGGAAGUCUUCCAACCAUUAAGGAACCUCAAGACCUUGUUUUGUUGGCUAUUAUUGGUAUAAAGGAUCCUUGCCGGCCAGGCACAAGGGAUGCGAUCCAACUGUGCAAUUCCGGAAGUGUUAAGGUGUGCAUGGUGACUAACGAGGACGUUUGGACUGCACAAGCAAUAGCAAUGGAAUGUGGGAUACUGAUGGAUGCAUCUGGCCGUAAUAUAAGGACAGGAGCCCAAUUCCGUGAACUUUCCGGUCCAGAAAGAGAGCAGAUUGCCGAAGACAUCUUAGUUUUUGCUCAAUCUUCUCCCAGCGACAACCUUCUUCUUGUCCAAGCACUGAAGAAUAGAGGGCAUAUAGUUGCAGCCACUGGGAUGGGAAUACAUGAUCCAAAGACACUACGCGAGGCUGAUGUCAGCCUCGCAAUGGGAGUUGGAGGGACCGCAGCAGCAAAAGAAAAUUCCAAUAUUAUCAUACUGGACGAUAAUUUUACUACGAUUGUCAAGUGUAUCAUAUGGGCUCGAUCUCUAUACACCAAUGUCCAGAGAUCUAUCCUAUUCCGGCUCACUGUCAGUGUAUCAGCAUUCGCUAUCUGUGUGGUUGAGAUUGUGUUUUAUGAUGCAUUUCCAGUUAACGCUGUGCAGCUUCUGUUGCUUAACCUUAUUAUUGACAUCUUAGGGGCAAUAGCGUUGGCAUACAGACCAAAAGCUGAUCGCCACCUAAUGGGAAAGCCACCGGUUGGUAUAAGAGACCCUCUUAUAACCAAGACUAUGUGGUCCAAAUUGAUCAUACAGGUAUUUUACCUAGUGCUGUCGCUGAUGCUCAUAAAUUCUGAGAAGCUACUGAAUCUGAAGCAUGGUCAUACGGGCAAUGCCGAAAAAGUGAUGAACACAUUUAUAUUCAAUUCCUUUGUCUUCUGCCUGGUCUUUAAUGAGUUUGAAAUCCAAAGUGUAGACCAAACCUUCAAAGAAAUUCUUAGGGAGAAUAUGUUUCUCGUUACAAUAACUUCAACUAUUAUAUUUCAGAUAAUCGUAAUGGAGUUUGCAGGCAUGUUCAUUUCUUCAGUCAAGCUUGACAUGAAAAAAUGGGUGACGACAAGUCUUUUGGGAUUGCUCAGCCAAGUCGCCACUCGCUACCCUUACCCAGCCAACCAAUACUACCGUAACUGAGAUUUGUAACGCCAUAUAGGCACAACUACCGUAAACGUUUGAAGCAUCCGUCUAGCUUUGGUCGCUUAGGAGGUUGUUGUUCUCUGCGUGGGUGUGCGUGAGAGACUAUAUAAUGCCGGAUUAUUGUGCUGUGUAUAUAUCAUAGUACAGUUAAUUCAGUCAAAAUUCAUUUCCUCUUCAACAUAUAUAGAGUGAAAUGAGUGAGAGUCAUAUAUUUAUAUAAGUUUUGUUCAAUCAGUUCGUCUCUUCAUUUUCGUUUCAUGAGUUAUUGGAUGUUUCUAAAUCUUCUGAUCCAGCUGAUU